AUGAAAAACAAUUAAUACAAAAUUAGAGUAACACUAGAUAGUACUCCUUCAACUUAUUAAACUACUGAAACUGCAUCUUUGUGGGAAAACUUAUAGCGAUCGAAAGAUUCGCCAAGAAAAUCUAAAAUUAGAAUUGCAAGAGACCCUCUGGAAAAUGAAUGUCCUCUGCAAUAACCGAACCCUUUUUUAUUUAAUGAAUAGUUAAAGCAUAGUUUCAGAGACUAUUUGGAAGGUUAAAAGACAGCAUUAAAUUUAGUAAAUGAAUGUAAUCAUAUCAUAAGUUCAUCAACAACACAUAAGAUGGAUUAAUUAAAACUAUUUUCAAAUGUGCAUAAAUUUAGAAGUUAAUUAAAAUAAAGAUCCUCUGUUAGAUUAUCUAUGAUCUAAAAUUCAUCAUAGGCUGAUGAUCUACUUUAAAGGAAAAUUAAGAUCUAGGAAAGAUUUAAUAAGAUUCAAACUUUGAUUCAAUAAAGGAUGUAAUAAAAAAAUACUAAAGAUUCACUUCGAGAUGUUUAACUAUUUAGACAUUUAUUUGAAACUUGCGAGAAGAAUGUUAAUAAAAUUAAAUCGAAGAAUCUACUAUCAGAAAAGGCUGAUGGAGUUAGAGAAUUUGAUAAAAUAAAGUACUCUAAGAAUCCAUAAGGUUCAUUGAGAGUUCGACUAAACACUCAAGAGAGUCAAAAUUCAUUUAAUAACAAUUUGAGGAGUAAGACUUUACCAGAUCAACAAACAAUUCACUUAACCAAAAAGAAGGAAAGGGAGAAAAUGAAUGCUAAAUUAACUGAGUUUCUAGAACACAAUCAAAAUCAAGAAAAAAAUCUACUACUCAAAGCCAGAAGAAAUCUAGUCAGGGAUCUAAAGAAUGGUAAUUAAAAAUUUCAUUAAUUUGAACCUAAUCGAUAUAAUAUCACAGAUCCCUUGAGUAAAGAUGUGAAAUUCUAUGCUUACAUGUUCAUGAAACCGAAAAAUGAAGAUAUUUUGAAGGAGAAGGAUCAAAAGUACAAGUUCUUGUGUAAGACUGCUCGAGUGCAAAAGAAUCCCUAGAGACAUUACUUAACCAAUUUUAAUAAGAUGCAAUCUAAUUCCAGAGAGGAGAGCCUAUAGGAAGAUUCUUCAUUCAACUCUAUGCUUGAAAUCAAUAUUGAUAAUCUUUAUAAAAGAAGCGCUGAUUUGUAGAACACGAUUCUUAAUACAAAAUCUGAGAAGUUUGUUAAAAGAAUUAGAUAAUUCCAAAAAGUGCAAUCCUUAACUACUUAAAUAAUUAAAGUGAAUGAAUAAAAACUAUCUAAUACUAAAUUAUUAUGA